CGAGUUGCACCUCGUUGGGUUCGAGAUUUACAAUCGAUUUGGUGUACUUAAUAUCCAUACAUCGUAAUCCCCUGUGAAUGGCCCCAGGCCCAUAUGAAUAUCGUUGAAGCAGUACAUCAAUGAAGGAAGGAAAACACGCAUACGCCACUUUCGAUGAAUGCUGCAAGCAUUGGCGGAGACCGAGACCCAGCUGGAACUAUCCACGCCCUCGGUAUUACUAUCGCGGCAGUGCUUCACCACUCGACAGCAAUUGCCUCGCGGGUCCUUAUCGGCUGGAUUUGGCCGCAUGAACAACCUGAAAGUCAAUGUGCGGCGCUCAUCUUCUACUACUAAUAGCACUAUCCCAUCCGACUCCUACCAUCAUCGAUGCCGAACCGAGUUUUCUCGUUACGAAGAGGCAGGUAUACUACAUGAAACAGCUGAACGGACAACAGAUAUUGUUCCAAAAGAACUUACAUUUCCGCUUCUAUUUCCGCGUCGCUAUGGAUGUCCUGCCUGCUCAAGCUUCAUCUUACCUUCCGAGCGCAUAUUUUCAUCCAGCAAAGAGACCUGCACUCUACGGCGCAGCAACUUAUCUCCGGCCACACUUGAAGCAUUACAGGUCCUAAAGUUCAUUUACAAGCAAGACCGCCUCAAUUUUACGGAGGACCUGUUAAUGGCUGCUGGGAAUCUUCGCGAGCUUGAUGAGUUGCUCCAGAAUGCAAGAGACAUUGAUUAUAAUUAGUAUACUUGCUGUCGUGUACUAGUAAACUUGCAAAUAAUUGUUGUUGUGGGCACGCAAAAUCCCUGGCUUCUCAUUGGUUGGACUAUCGGUCCGUAUAACUCCGAACUCGUUUCCAAAUCGCGAGGUGAACGAGGUGCAAAUCGUUUCAAUUCGUUAGUCCGAUCUGUGUCGAUUUACCACUCGAUUCGAUUCGCCUCGGCGG